UACAUAUAUGGUAAAUAUCGACCUCGAUCAGGCUGAGCAUCAAUGUCAUUUUCGAUUAGCUCGAUGCCUCUUCUCGCACUCUCACUUCUUGUCAUAGGGACAUUGAGGUAUGCUGCCUGUGCUGGUUUCCCAAAUACAUCCUGCAUCGAGGCCGAGAGGGAGGCUCUUCUGAAAUUCAAGCAGGGUUUAGUCGACAGCUCCGGUCGCCUCUCAUCAUGGACUGGAGACGACUGCUGUUCGUGGAUGGGAGUUGGAUGCAGUAAGACAACAGGCCACGUCUCGACGCUCGACCUUCGAAGUCCAUGUGUUAUGUCCGACAUCCAUUAUGAUUUGAUGAUCGACCCGGUAUUGGAGUACGGGGACUGCAGUUUGACAGGUAAGGUACAUCCUUCUCUAAUCGAGCUGCGGCACUUGACGUACCUUGACCUAAGCUGGAACAACUUUUCUCAUACUGAAAUUCCCGCAUUCCUUGGUUCCCUCCGAGAUUUGGUCUAUCUCAACCUCUCCAAUGCAUGUUUUACUGGGAAGGUUCCACUUCACCUUGGUAACCUUUCUAAUCUGCAGUAUCUUGAUCUGAAUACCAUUCUCGGGUACGACUAUAGUUCCAGUGCCGUAACUGUCGAUAACCUGGAAUGGCUAUCAAACUUGUCGUUUUUGAAACACCUUGAUCUGUCCGGCGUCACUGUCAGGAACGGCCAAGGUUGGCUGCAGUCAGUGGGCAUGCUUCCUUCUCUUCAGCACUUGGGGUUAGCGGCCUGUUUUCUUCCAAACGUUGCUCCCACUGUGCAUGUUAACUUCACUUCGCUCGAGUUCCUCGACCUGAGUGACAAUGCUUUGGGUUCCACAGUUCCUUUUUGGCUGCUCAACCUAACCUCCAUCAGACAUCUCGAUCUUUCUUCUAGUUUUCAAGGAGACCUCUUCUUUCCCGCUGAGAUUAUCAAUAAUAACAAACAGCUCGCUUUCCUUCAUCUGUAUAACAAUCCAAUGCAAGGCGAACUGCCAAAGAAUCUCAGCAGCCUCUGCGACUUGUUUGCUCUGAGGUUGUCCUUUAACUACUUCACCGGAGAUAUUGCUACCAUACUGGCCAAUCCUUCCAGCUGCUUUCAAGAUAAACUGAGAUUCUUAGAUCUAGGCUGGAACAAUUUCAGCGGUAAUUUGGGCAAUGAAAUCGAGCACUUCAAGAGUCUAGAGUACAUCGACCUUGCCAGCAACUCCAUCGAGGGUCCAAUUCCAGAAUCUCUAGUUCAGCUAUCCUCUUUGAAGUAUUUGAAUCUUAUGUAUAACAAGUUGACUGGUAGUAUUCCAGAAGGAAUUGGACUGUUGUCGAAUCUAGUCGGCUUAGAGUUAUCUUACAAUCUCUUGAGUGGAGUACUGAACGAACAUCACUUGGUUAAUCUCACGAGCUUAUCUUUACUGGAGAUAUCAUCAAAUGAUUUGGCAGUUGAUAUCAACCCUACAUGGGUUCCUCCAUUUCAACUUAAGUUUGUGAGCAUGUCAAACUGCAAAGUCGGGCCUCAAUUUCCUUCUUGGCUUCGAUCACAGAGGAACAUCUCAAUGCUAGCUCUGUCCAAUAGCAGCAUAUCGGAUGCCAUCCCUGACUGGUUUUACAGCAGUUCUUCAACAAUUCAAGGUCUGGAUUUGUCGAAAAAUGAGUUGAUUGGACAAAUUCACGAAAGAUUUGGUGAUAUGAUGCCAAAAUUACGCGACAUAACUCUUACAAGAAAUCACUUAAAUGGCAGCAUUCCCAUUUCUCUGUGCAAGAUGAAAGACUUGUUCGCGCUUGACCUCUCAAACAACCAGCUAUCCGGAACACUCCCCGACUGUUGGAAGAGCUUAGGACAACUAGAUGGAAUAAACUUGGGAAACAACAAUCUCAGUGGCCAGAUUCCAACUUCCUUGUGCUCCCCACCGCUCACAUUUCUGGGACUACCCGAUAAUGACUUCCAUGGGAUUCUUCCAAGAUGCUUGAGCAAUAUGACUUCCUUGCGUGUGCUUGAUCUGAGUCGAAAUGAAUUUUCUGGUCGGAUUCCCUCCUGGAUUGGUCAAAUGUUUCAGUUAAGUGUGCUGAAUCUUGAGUCCAAUACCUUCAAUGGGGAAAUUCCUAGGGAAAUAUGCCAACUUGCAAAUGUCCGGGUUUUAAGCCUAGCACAGAACAAGCUUUCAGGAGUCAUUCCACUCUGCUUUGACAACUUAACCAUCUUGGCUGACCCAAAAUCUGCCAUUUUUGGGUUUUACGGGUUCGGAGUUGAGGUGAACACUAAGAGCAUAACCCAAUUAUACACCACCACACUUCAAUAUCUGUUCUCUGUUGACCUUUCAAACAAUGGGUUAAAUGGCCAUAUUGUAGGAGGGUUGAUGCAGCUCUACAACCUUCAAAAUCUGAACUUAUCAGGGAAUAACUUCGAAGGAAGAAUCCCUUCAGAGAUUGCUAAUCUGAAGAUGCUGGAGUCUCUUGAUUUAUCGGUCAACCAAUUCUCGGGUCCCAUUCCACAGAGCUUAUCUGAGUUAAACUUCCUAAGUUAUCUGAACCUGUCCUUCAAUCAACUGUCUGGUAGGAUUCCCUCAGGUGCCCAGCUAAGUACAUUAAAAGGAGACUCCUAUCUCGGAAAUGAUGGACUGUGUGGGCCUCCGCUUUCGAAGAAUUGCCCAGGAGAUCAUGAGCAGCCUGAUAUUCAUAAACAGAUUGAUGAUGAUUCAGAAAGCGAAGAUGAGUUCUAUACUCGUUGGUUAUACGCAGGCAUUGCACCGGGUUUUGCCACGGGAUUCUUAGUGGUCUGUGGCUCAUUAUAUUUCAAGCGCUCUUGGAGGCAGUCCUUCUUUCGUUGGUCAGACAAAAUUCUCACACAGCUGCUAGUGAUGGUAGAGAUUAAUAUAGCUCGGCUACGGAAGGCUUCCUGAAAAUGCAAAAACAAUCAAAUCGGCAAUAAAAAUGAUGUCCAAAGUGAAGAGAUGGUUUCAUGCGGAAGGAAUUCUGACCCGUGGAAGAUUCCAGCAACUGCACAGUGGGAUAAUCAUCAUGAUGUAAUAUUGUUUAAGGUUUUCUGUAUAAGUGAGCAAGUGGGAGCUUCUCUCGUGUUCUAUUGAUGUAUAAGUGUCAAUAACCUCGACUUCCUUUCCAAUAAUCAAGCUCCAAUUGAGG